AUGUCAACAUUUAAUGAUUCUUCAAAUUUUGAUGAUUUUUUCAAUAAUUCCAGUUUCUAUUCAUCAUCAAAUCCAAGUGAUUUAAAUUCAAAUCAUAUACGUAAUUUUAGAAGUUCAAUACAAUUAAAAAAUUCAAUUUCAUCAAAAUCAAUUAAAAACCAACUUAAUGAAAAUCCAUCUACAACUAAUACUAAUUUGCGUACAACUUCAAUUAUUAAAACUUCACCAUCUUUGAAAGCUUUAGAAAAUAUACUUACUGAAAAAACUAAAAGUAACAGUCAUUCACCAAUUAAAAAUUCAACUAUAUUAGAAGAAGAAGAAGGUAUUAUAGAAAAUAAUAAUAAUGGAAUUUCAUUAUCACCACCUUUUAAUUAUGAUGUUUCAUCAAAAACAAGUAGUACUACUCAUAAAUAUUCAAAAUCUUCAAUUUCAACAAUUAGUGAAAGUGGUUACAGUACUGAUGAUACUCCAAUAUUAGGUCAACCACCAACUUUUCAAAAUUUUACACCUCAUUCAUUUGAAUCUCCAACUUUAAAAGUUAUAUCAACCGGAUUAAAUAAACCAAUGAAUAAAGAUGGCGAAAAUUCUACUUUAAUAGAUGACACAACUAAUAAUACUACAAAUGAUACUAUAAAAAAUUCAUAUCCAUUAAAUUCAACACCAAUUCAUAAUACUAAUAGAGAAGUCGGUUACGGUUAUAAUGAAAGUACAGACACAAAAAGUUUAAUUGAUAAUAAUGAAAAAAAAUUUAAUUUUAACGUGUCAGUACCAACCAAUACUGAAACCAAGCCGAUUUUGCCAAAUAAUAAUACAACAUCAACUACAAAUACCAAAUUAAUGACUAAUCGAAAUGAAAUAAAACCAAAGAAAAGUAUGUUGGAUGUUGGAAAUAAUGAAUUAUAUAAAUCAACUGCAAAUCAAGUGUCUAAAAGUUCAAAAAGUAAGGAGCCACAUAAAUUAUCAUAUUCACCUCAAAGAUUACCUCAAAGAUCACCCCAUGUACGUUCACAAUCUACAUUUUCAUUAAGUUAUGAAAAACAAGUGAAUAAUCAACCAAUGUUAAAUCAUAAAAGAAGUAAUACAUUGCAAGAUAUUUCAAAAAUUUCACAAUCUCAAGAACAACCAAAGGAAAAGAAGUCAAAAUUUAGUUUUAAAUCAUUAUUUAAAUCAAAAUCGAAGAACCAUUCAUUAAAUGAAACAAGUGAACAACCAUCAGAGCAACCGAAGUUAAGAUCAAAAUCCUACUCAACCUCAAAUAUACCAAUUUACAACAAUAUUAAUAAUAAUAAGAAUAAUAUAACUUCAUUUAAAAAGGUAUUUAAAUUAAAUAAAACUUCGGAAAAUUUAGAUAAAGUUCCACCUCAGGUACCACCAAAACCUAAAGAACAUCCAGUUGGUUCUGGUUUAAGUCCAACUCCACCAUCAAGUAGUAAAUUUCCAAAUCAAAAUAAAUUUGAUAAAAAUAAUAUUGAAACAAGUUCAAAUUUAAUACGAGGAGUUAGUGAAUCAGAUAUAAAUAUAAAUAAAAAUCAACCUCAACAAGCUAAUAUUGAAUUUAGUUCAGAAUCAAAUAGUGACCAAUUUGAAAGUGCAGAUGAAGACGAAGAAGAAGAAGAAGAAGAAGAUAAUGAUAAUUAUUCAUUUGAUCCACCUAUCAAUUUGUCAAAUAAACAUCCAAAAAAUGAAGAAAUUUCAAUUAAUUUAUUAGAUAAUAAUUCAUUUGGAUCCCCAUUUAAAAUUGAUUUAAAAAAUAAUAACCAAUAUGAUUCUACACCAAGAACGUUAAAUAAUCACUCUCCUCCAAAAUUCAAUUUACCUGAUAAUAAUAAUAAUGCAACAAAGAAUAUUAAUUUAAUAGGUGAAACAUUAUUUCCAAAAUCUUUAAAUGCUCAAGAAGUUGAAAGUAUUGUAUCAUUAGAAAGAUCAAGAUCAAUGAGAUCAAUUAAAUCAAAUAAAAGAUCUUCAUUUGUAAAUUAUGAUGGAAGUGAUGAUAAUAUUGUACAAUAUAAUGGUACUUUACCAGAACCUGUAACAACAAUUAAAAAAUCAAAUAGUAUAUUAAAAAAUAAUAUUCCAAAAUUUAAUGGAAUUGAUGAUACUUUACAACAACAAUUGUUUGAAUUUACAGAUUUUAUUGAUGUUGAAAAUUUAAGUUUUUCUACAUCUCCAGCAUCUCAAGUACUGCAUGAUCAAAGAAUUACACCAAUACCACCACAGAUUUUAUUUCAUGAUGAAUCAAAUGAAGUUCAACAACCUAAUAAAGUUGCAAAUUCUCCAUCACCAUCACAAAUAUCAAUGGGAAGUAAAAAAUCAUCAAUUAAAACAAGUAUUGAAGAAUCAAAAGAAGAUCAAGAAGUAAAACCUGAAGUAGUUGCACAAUCACCAAUUGCAAAUGUAUAUAAUGAAGAAAACUUUUCCAACACUACAAAUACCAAGAAAAAUAGACCAAUUUCAAUGUCAUUUAAAGGUUUAAAUGCUCCUUCAUUUUCAGGAAAAAUUACUCAACAAAAUUUAAGGAGUAGUGAUUCACAUCAAUCAUUUACUAUUUCAUUUAAUGAUUCGUCAUCAUCAAUAGGUGGAGGAUUUGGUACAACAACAGAAGAAGAGGAAGAAGAAGAAGAGGAAAAAGAAGAAGAAAAAGAAGAAGAAAAAGAAGAAGAAAAAGAAGAAGAAGAAGAAGAAGAAAAAGAAGAAGAAGAAGAAGAGGAAGAGCAAGACGACGAUGAUUAUUCAGAUUCAGAUUUUGAACAAGGUUUAUUAAAUGAAUAUGAUAAAGAAAAUGAUGUACCUAAUGUAAAUAAAAGUUUUAAAGAAUUAUCACCACCAAUUUCAUUAUCAUCACCACCACCGUCAGCAAAUGUAAAACAUCAAUUUUCAAAACCUCCAAUACCUCCAUUUCAAAAUAAUAAGAAAUUUAAUCAUAAUAAGAUUCCUUCAAUUUCUGAUCAAUCAUCAAUUGGGUCAAAUUCAAAUGUUUCAAAUUCAUCACCAAAAUCAUUUACAUCAAUGUUUUCAAAUAAAUGGUAUAGUAAGAAACCAACUAACGGUAAAGAUAAUAUAAAUUCAAAUUCACAUAGAGCUCCACCUCCACCACCUUCAAAAUCAAAUGGUGUACGAUUUUCACUGAGAAUUAUUUUAUAUGAUACUUAUAAUGAAGAAGAAUACGAUAGACAUCCAGAAACUGCUACUUGUAAUCAAUUAACUCCAAGUUUAGCUCAACAAAUUAAAGAAGAAAUGAAUGAAUUUAAAAGUAAUAUGAAUAUUCAUGUUGAAAGUAGAUGUUAUACACAGUUUUUUUAG